ACUUUACAACCAUCCCCACCAACUGAGACUGGGCAAGUCGGCUUUCAGGCCGAAUUCGGUUUCCAGCAAGACCUAGAGCUAGAUCUCCCCGUGGACGUCUUGCGGAAAUUCAGCAAUAAUAGACCGCACAACUACGAUCCUGCCGGACCCAAGACGAACGUGUAUGCUACAUUCAUGGGAACCAAUAAUCCCUCCAUUAAGGACCCCUAUUAUAUGGCCAUUCACUCGCUGAUAUAUCGCCUACUCUGGUCUCCCAAAUCUAGAAGCGAAAAGUACGCCUUCGUUGUCUACGUCGCCAAGUACGUUACACCUGAACAGCGGGAACUUCUUGCCGGAGCCGGUGCCAUUGUUCGAGAGCUCGAAAUGCUCGAGUGGGAUCCUCAAGACGAGGGAAUCCAGAAACGGUGGAAGAAUCUAUUCGCGAAAUUGAAUAUGUGGAAAGAAACGGAAUUCUCGCGAAUAUUUUCCCUGGAUGCGGAUGCAUUUCCAGUCGCCAACAUCGAUGGCAUCUUCGACACCGCGACUGAGCAGACCUGUAUAGAAGCGAAACUUACUCCCGAGGACUAUCUGCCUGACGGUACAUCUGCUUGCGAGCCGUACGUAUUCGCAGGCAUCCCGCAGGACCCGUUCAACCCGGUCGCCAAAAGCAUCAACGGAGGUGCCCUUGUUUUCUCGCCUUCCACGCGCAUGCAUCAACGCUUUCUGCAGAAUUAUCUCAAGUAUGACAGGUACGAUGUCAAGUUGGUCGAGCAGGCUUUCUUGAACUGGCAAUUCGACAUCAACGGGGCAUUUCCUGCACAACUAUUGGAUCGAGAGUGGAACGCCGCAUUUCCGAACGAAGAAGACGAAGGCAAGGUCAAAGUGGUGCAUGAGAAGAUCUGGUCCGAAGAUCGGGAGUGGUUGAAGAAGGAGUGGGUCAAUGAAUGGAUCGCAAUGACGCAAUUCUAUAUGAGCGAGGCUUUCAGCAAUGCUAGGUUCCUUGAUGGUCUAACUGAUAGUUAG